AAUAUUUUUUUUAAUUUACAGCCAAAUAAUUUCGCCGAAAGAUUUGGGUUAUAUAAAACUGGUCGCCACUACACUUAAUUUCGUAGCUUCUUGGCCUUUGCUCGAGUCAAAGAAUAAGAAAUAUACAUUUGCUGUAAAAUGGAACAUAACUUGUUUCUUAUUUAUGAGCAUUAUAUUUGUUCUUCAGAUCUGUUAUAUAAGAAAUAACAUAAGCACAACCAGUUUCGUCAUAAUAGGACAUACUUAUAUAACACUGGCAAUGACUACCAUUGCUCUGCAAAGACUCACAAUGCCAUGGAUGGCUGAGUAUCGGCAAGUGAUCAAAGAAUUCUUGGAAAAAAUUCACCUCUUUCACAAAAAGGAUGAAUCCGAAUAUGCUAAUAAGAUUUAUAAAUACAUCGAAAAAAUCUGCCACAUCUUUACGGUAUUUAUUCACAUUCAACUGUACGGCGGAAUCCUGUUAUUUAACAUAACUCCUUGGGUUAAGAACUUCAAAGCCGGCAUGUAUAGCUCUAAUAAACCUGUUAAUGCUACUUACGAGUCAGCGUUAUACAUAUAUCUCCCUUUUGAUUAUCUUACUGAUAUUAAAGGACACAUCUUUAUAACUUUCAUGAGCUGGUUUGGAACAUGCAUAGGUUCCACGUCUUUCUGCUUGUGGCAUCUUCUUCUUUCUUUGAUUGUGUUUCAUAUAUGGGGUAAUCUGAAAAUUUUAAAACACAACUUAGAUAACUUCCCUAAACCUGCUAAUCAUCAAAUGACAAGUAACGGACUUUCAUGCUAUACGGAAGAGGAGUCUAAAAACAUAUCAACAUUACUUGUGGAACUCGUGAGUCAUCACCGGAAUAUAAUGGACUUUAUGUCAAAGACAUCGAGCGCAUACAGCUUUUUUCUACUCCUAAAUUUCGCAUUCUAUCAAAUAGUGGGUUGUAUUAUUUUAUUGGAAUGCUCUAAAUUGGACUCCGAAGCUCUAGGGAACUAUGGACCUCUAACAGUUGCAUUAUUUCAGCAAUUGAUACAGAUAUCUGUCACAUUUGAACUUAUUGGGUCUCAGAGUGAAACACUAAUCGAUGCAGUGUAUGGUUUACCCUGGGAGUGUAUGGAAUUGAAAAACAGAAAACUCGUUUUAUUCUUCUUACAAAACGUCCAAGAGCCAAUAAGCCUGAAGGCUUGUGGCAUGAUAUCAGUUGGGGUUCAAACUAUGGCUGCGAUUUUGAAGACGUGCUGUUCUUAUUUUAUUAUGCUUCGUACGGUGACCGCUAAUGAAGAAAUGGCUUGA